AAAUAGCUGAAAUCAAAAUAGCACUGUUUGCAUAUAACCGCUGGUGCCCUAAACAACAAAGCUUACAAGGAAAGCAGUUUUCAUCCUCCCCCUUAAGGAUGCCACAGACAAAUUCUGGUAUAAAUGGAAAGAGAAAAUUUCCACAUCAUGAAUCCUCAUCUGAGAAGUCCUAACUGCCCACCUUUCAAGACAUCACGAGAUGUUCCAAUCCUAUUGUUUGCUGUGAUGGGUCGUAGGGCAGCAAACACUUCUACAGUGUUCUGUGCCAAGGUCUUUGUGGCUAGGCUGCUCCAACCUGGUAGAGAGCAUGUGCGCACUGAGAUGCCUGCAGAGCAUGCCCAGUGUCAGAUGUCUCCAGAACACAUCAGUAAUGGAGGAUCAGAAUGAAGAUGAAUCUCCAAAGAAAAAUACCCUAUGGCAGAUAAGUAAUGGAACUUCAUCCGUGAUAGUCUCAAGGAAGCGACCAUCGGAAGGAAACUACGAAAAGGAAAAAGACUUGUGUAUUAAAUAUUUUGACCAGUGGUCUGAAUCAGAUCAGGUUGAAUUUGUGGAACACCUUAUUUCACGAAUGUGUCACUAUCAGCAUGGACAUAUUAACUCUUAUUUGAAGCCCAUGUUACAACGGGACUUCAUCACUGCUUUACCAGAGCAAGGCUUAGAUCACAUAGCAGAAAAUAUCCUUUCCUAUCUUGAUGCCAGAUCGCUCUGUGCAGCAGAGCUGGUGUGUAAGGAAUGGCAGAGAGUUAUCUCUGAGGGAAUGCUAUGGAAGAAAUUGAUUGAGAGAAUGGUGCGCACUGAUCCACUGUGGAAAGGGCUCUCUGAAAGAAGGGGUUGGGAUCAGUACCUGUUUAAAAACAGACCCACAGAUGGCCCCCCAAAUUCAUUUUACAGAUCAUUAUACCCAAAGAUAAUACAGGAUAUAGAGACUAUAGAAUCUAACUGGCGAUGUGGACGACACAACUUGCAAAGAAUUCAGUGCCGCUCUGAAAAUAGCAAAGGUGUCUACUGUUUACAGUAUGAUGAUGAAAAGAUCAUCAGUGGCCUACGGGAUAACUCCAUCAAGAUUUGGGAUAAGACAAGCUUGGAAUGUUUGAAAAUAUUAACAGGGCACACUGGCUCCGUUCUCUGCCUGCAGUAUGACGAGAGAGUCAUUGUAACCGGAUCUUCGGACUCUACAGUGAGAGUUUGGGAUGUAAACACAGGCGAAGUUCUGAACACACUGAUUCAUCACAACGAGGCAGUGCUUCAUUUGCGUUUCAGUAAUGGCUUAAUGGUGACAUGUUCAAAGGACAGGUCCAUUGCUGUUUGGGAUAUGGCAUCACCUACUGAUAUCACCUUACGUCGCGUGUUGGUUGGCCAUCGUGCUGCUGUUAAUGUUGUAGACUUUGAUGACAAGUAUAUUGUCUCUGCAUCAGGUGACAGGACCAUUAAAGUCUGGAGUACAAGCACAUGUGAGUUUGUUCGUACUCUAAAUGGGCACAAGCGUGGCAUUGCAUGCCUUCAGUACAGGGAUCGACUAGUUGUGAGUGGAUCAUCAGACAACACCAUUAGGUUAUGGGAUAUUGAAUGUGGUGCCUGUUUAAGAGUACUAGAAGGCCAUGAAGAACUGGUUCGAUGCAUCAGAUUUGAUAACAAGAGGAUUGUUAGUGGAGCCUAUGACGGCAAAAUUAAAGUUUGGGACUUGCAAGCUGCUCUUGACCCUCGUGCCCCAGCCAGCACACUAUGCUUGCGAACAUUGGUGGAACAUUCAGGACGUGUGUUUAGACUCCAGUUUGAUGAAUUUCAGAUCAUUAGUAGUUCCCACGAUGACACAAUUCUGAUUUGGGAUUUCUUAAAUGUGCCACCCAGUGCCCAGAAUGAGACACGCUCUCCAUCCAGAACGUACACUUACAUCUCCAGAUAACAGUCUGCACUUUACUAGCCUCAUAAGGUAAAUUCUAUUAUAUUAAAUGUAUUCUGU